ACUCACUUUAGGCCAAUCCGUCCUCUCCCUCUCUCUCCCUCUCUCUGUGUCUCUCUCCUACUCUGAGACAGAGUCAGAACUCUUCUCCCUGACAGCCACUAACAUCUACAGCACUUAUUGCAUUCAGAGAGGGAACCUGCAAACAAAACUUCACAGAAAACUUUUGGUUCUUGUUCCAGAGAAUUUGCUGAAGAGAAAGAAAAACAAACAAACAAACAAACAACACAAACCAGCCCCCCAAAAAACUGUGCGUGAAGGGGGAGGAAAAGCAGGGCCUUUUAAAAAGGGAAUCACAACAACUUUUGCUGCCAGGAUGCCUUUGCUUUGGAAGAGAGGAUUUUUGUUGGUGAUUUGCUGGAUUAUAGUGAGGAGUUCCCCAACCCCAGGAUCCGAGGGGCACAGUUCAGUCACUGACUGUCCAUCAUGUGCCCUCACCACGCUCUCGAAGGAUGUGCCCAGCUCACAGCCUGAGAUGGUGGAAGCAGUAAAGAAGCACAUACUGAACAUGUUGCACUUGAGGGACAGACCUAACAUCACCCAGCCGGUGCCCAAGGCAGCACUUUUAAAUGCCAUCAAGAAACUCCAUGUGGGAAAGGUGGGAGAUGAUGGCUAUGUGGAAAUAGAGGAUGAUGUUGGAAGAAGAGCAGAAAUGAAUGAAGUUGUGGAGCAAACCUCAGAAAUCAUCACUUUUGCAGAAUCAGGAACACCCAAGAAAACGUUGCACUUUGAGAUUUCCAAGGAAGGCAGCGAAUUAUCAGUGGUUGAACAUGCUGAAGUAUGGCUCUUCUUGAAGGUCUCCAAGGCCAACCGGAGCAGGACAAAAGUCACCAUCCGCCUGUUUCAACAGCAGCGGCAGCCGAAAGGCAACUCUGAAGGAGCAGAAGAUAUGGAGGAUAUGGGGCUGAAAGGUGAAAGGAGUGAAACUCUGAUUUCAGAAAAAGCAGUAGACACUCGAAAGAGCACUUGGCACAUCUUUCCCAUCUCCAGUAGUGUCCAGCGACUCCUGGACCAAGGCAAGAGCUCCUUGGAUGUGCGGAUUGCCUGUGACUUGUGCCAGGAGACUGGGGCCAGCCUGGUGUUACUAGGCAAGAAAAAGAAAAAGGAAGAUGAUGGGGAAGGGAAAGAAAAAGAUGGUGGAGAACUCACAGGAGAAGAGGAGAAGGAACAAUCGCAUAGGCCCUUCCUGAUGAUGCUUGCCCGGCACUCAGAGGACCGCCAGCACAGACGGCGGAGGCGAGGCCUGGAGUGUGAUGGCAAAGUUAACAUCUGCUGCAAGAAGCAGUUCUUUGUCAGCUUCAAGGACAUAGGAUGGAGUGACUGGAUCAUUGCACCUACAGGUUAUCAUGCUAACUACUGUGAAGGAGAGUGCCCCAGCCAUAUAGCAGGCACAUCUGGUUCAUCAUUAUCUUUUCACUCCACUGUAAUCAACCAUUACCGUAUGCGGGGCCAUAGCCCCUUUGCCAACCUCAAGUCAUGUUGUGUGCCCACCAAACUGCGGCCCAUGUCCAUGCUGUACUACGAUGAUGGCCAGAACAUCAUCAAGAAAGAUAUACAGAACAUGAUUGUGGAGGAGUGUGGCUGUUCAUAGACAUGUGUGUGCACAAGACCCUUCUCUUUAUGUUGAGAAGAAAAUGUUUUAAAAGCCCAAGAAGAGGAAAGACCUGGCAUGGUAUAUAACCUUUCUGAAUGAAACAAUCAUCUGAAAUUUUAAAAAAAUAAAUAAAUUAAAAGGAAAAAAAGAAAAAAAAGAAAAAAAGAAAAAAAAGAAAAAAAGAAAAGGAAAAGAAAAAAAAAUAAUAAAAAAGACUUAUGGAGGAGAAAAGGAGUACAGCUAUCAAGAGGAAGAAAGCUUCAUGAACCCAGGCUUGAAUGAGAUUCAUUUGAAAGGUGGUAUGGGUUGGGGAGUUCCUCCUUCCUUUCAGUACGCUCCUUAUCUUAUUAGACAGUAUAUUAAGCAUUAGUUAUUACUAGAGGAGUUGUGUUCUCUCUUCUGGUUACCCAUCAGUUCAAGCCUUGGUAGCAGCUCAUGUAACCUGCAGCAGUUUGGACUGAGUCCAAAACGUCACUGAAAUUCCUUGAAAAGCCAUGUGUAUGAACACUACAUUCACUGGCACUUUCCUCCCAAAUUUACCGAGGAACUGAGUAGGUGUGUAGUGUUUGUGUGGGUAUAUAUGUAUCUACGUAUUUAUAUACAUAUCUUUAUACAUACAGACACUACACACUUACAUAUAUUUACUUUAAUAAAGGGACAAAAUUGUGCAGGUGUAUACACCUUCAUCUUCUGCACUACAAUUACAAAAAGAAAAGAGAAAAAAGAAAAAAGAAAAAGAAAAAUGAAGAAAAAAGAUUUAAAAAGAGCGAAUGAAAGAAUAAAAGUUACAUUUUGUAAAGGUGCUUACAAUGUUAGAACUAUGCAACCUAGUUGGUUUGAAACUGUUUACCUGCAAGAGAAAGAAAAAAAAAAACAACAGAAAGACUUUUUUAUAAAUGGAAGUAACUUGUUUAAAAAAAAAAAAAAAACAUUCUUCAGUGAGAGAUACUUGAAAGGAAUAUGUUUGUCCAGUUACUGGAGCCAAACAUUUCUAUAUUUUGUAAAAAAAAUUUUUAAUCGUUUACUAUUUGCACUACAGUGGUGUCUGACCUGUCUAAUCCUUAUUUAACAAACAUUUGCAAGGGAGGGUGGUUGGGUGUGGGAGGGGUUGAGAGCUGCACUUAUUGUGAGCUAUACAAGAACUGCUACAGCACACAAAAUAGCUAUUUUUAUUAUUAUAAUAAUAAUUAUUAUUUUGUACCUUAAAGUGAAUAGACAUAUACACCAAAGACAUUUGUGUGAGCCUCUAAAAAGUCUAUUUGUGGUUGGUACCAUUCCACCUGUAAUAAGUUACAGUUUGAAUUAAGGGUCAGUUGGUUGGUUACAUUCAGGGUAGUAUAUAUGCUAACCAGUUAAAUUAAAAUUCUACCCUAAACAGGAAAUUGCUGUUUGGAAUAAGCUCAGAAAAGCGCUCUGCAUGCAAGGCGCUUGGAUCCACAGUCCAUCUAAGCCUAAUUAUACUUGUUUUGCAUGUACAACACUUAGACUUAUCCCUGAUGCACAGAAACUGCAUCACUGGGAAACAACUUUAUACAAGGGAUAUACAUAUAUAUAUGUAUAUAUUUCUAUAUGUAUAUAUGUGUGUAUACACAAGGUAUAAGCACUUCUGGCUUCACUUUAGUGUUCUUAAAACAGUGAAUGUUUGUGUGCAAAGCACGGUAUAUUACAAACUUGUUUGUUUGUUACUAACAAGCAGGAGGGAGCGCAUUUAGAAUGGUAUUUGUGUGAGAGGAACCUAAAGUUGUGGUGUACACUUGGAAAGUACUGAUGUAAAACUGCAAGCAGCUUUGGGCCCCGCCCACCUUCACCCCUGCAAAUACAAAGAGAAUGGCAGUUGUGGUCGGAUUUCUGCUUGAAAUGCAGUCUUCAGCAAAAGGCUGGCUGUCUCAACCACCACCCUCUAGCACGACAACUCUUAAUGGGUUUGCGCAUUACCUGUAAAAUGUAAUUUAAUUUUCAGUAUCAACACCUAACCUGAAGGGUCCAACCCUUAGGGCAUAGGUAGAUAGGUUUAAAAAAAUUCUAUUGCUGUCAUAUUUAAAAGAAUGUUAGAGUUAUAACUUGUGUCUUUGAGUAGGGGAAAUAGAAGAGGGAAUGGGAGAAACCUUUUGGCCCUGUUUACACUGAAUUUGAUAACCCUGAGCCUGAACCUUUGGACUCUCACAGGUUUGCAGGACCAAGCCCCUAUUCACUGCCUUCUGAUAGGAUGGGCUUUCAAAGGCCUCCCAGCGAAAGUAGCUCUAACACGGCUCCCCUCAUUGUUGAGAGCACAGUUUGUAAAAAUAUAAAAAAAAUAAAAAGGAAAAAGAAAAAGAUAGCACAAUUUAACCCAGUCACAUUGGCUAGGGAUAGUGUGUUAGCACCUUCAUGGAGGGACCCAUGUCUAAGCAGUGUAAUCAGGGCCUUCAUUUGUUGUCAGCCAAAACUGCUUGUGUGUGUGUGGUGUGGGUGCACUCCAUGUCUGUGUGUGUAGGUGUGUGGGUGUGUGUCCCUAUUUGUAUGUAUUGAUAGAAACUUUAAAAAAAGAGAAAAAAAAGAAAAAAAAGAAAGAAAAGGAAAAAAAAAGAAGCCCUUUCCUCAGUUGAAUAGAUAUCAACAUACAUGCUUAUAGCUAAGUUUUCUAUCUAAUUUAUUCCACAGUAUUUAGAUUGCAUAGUACAGCUAAUCAAUUAUACAUAUAUGUACUUUUUAUACAAUGCAUUUUUACAGACCUAUUUGCAGUUUGCAAAAAAAAAAAAAAACUUCAAAAAAUUGUAACAAUUGGGUAAACACUAAAUUUGUCACUAAAUUAUUCUGUAAAAUAUCAAAGUUUUCUGAUUUAAAUUAUUUACAGAAGGUGUUUUUUUGUUUGGUUUGGUUUGGUUUGCUUAGUUGUUUGUUUUGAGGAGUUUUAUUCCUGGAGGGAGUAGGUAAAAAAAAAAAAAAAGAUGCACAACUAAUUUAUCUUUAUAACUUAAACCAAGUUCCUGACUCUGUUUAAUUUUAAAUAAGUAGCAGAAUGGCUAUUUUGUUUUGUUUUGUAGAAGGAGAACCAGGCUCUGGAAUGGCAGGAGCAGGAACAUAACCUGUGACAUCUGAGGAGAGCACCUUUUAUUUUACUGAGCUUUGGACCAGGACUUAAAAUUAGGUGCAGAUUAUCCCUCCACACUCACUAAUAUCAACAGGCUCAUUGACAGCUCCUUAAGAGAGCAGUAACAGUGCUUAUAUGAGUAAAGGUUAGCCAGGCUGCACCACAGAUUCCUUGUGCUGUAAGCAGUGUGAAGAGAGAGAAUGGAUUUUGAAUGAGUGGUACCAUAUCCAACACCAUUUAAUUCAACUAACUGUUAAAACUAUGCUGCUUGCAUCAUGGGUUGUUCUCUGAAUGUAGUGGCAAGGGAAGCAGGUGAGAUGGCUCAUGUUGGCAAAAAUUAUUCUCAAGUGUGAUGUGAUUAGUUAGAGAGCAUCAGAGUUCUGAAAUCCCAGCACCUUCCCCAAAAGAACUAUGACAAAACUCCCAUUGGCUGCAAAUAAAGUAAGUUGAGGCUCAUUGUCUUCUUGUCCAAAGCUGACAGAGCCUUUAAAAUGAAGUCUGAGUUUGAUACCUUCUUCUGUAUGGUGCACUAGGGCUGGCCCUGGAAAGCACAAAACUAGCUUGAGACAAUUUCCAUGCGGGAAAAGAAAGAAGGAUUUUACAUGUGGUGAGUGUGUUUCAUAAUAGGUACACCAAAACCAGGAGAAGCUUUUUCAAAGCAAAAAGUAACUAUUCCUAAAUCCUGCUUUUUAGCUUUCAUCUGUGUAUGUAUACUCUUCACAAAUUGAAAAGGUUUCUCCCUCUAAUCUCAGUUGUGGAGUUUUGGUUUGUGAGCAAAGUUAUUUAAAGCAGAGGAGAAUGAAAAACUAUAUGAUAAAAUAAGAAAUUGUGAUGUUAGUCAAGACUGACUGAUUCCAGCAAAACAUCCUACUCCCAUUAAUUUGGUUUAAUUAAAUCUGCAUGUACUUAUAACAGCAUUAGAAAUUGUUAGCAUAUUUAAAUAGUUUUCCAAGGGGAUGCAGUCUCAAAAAUUACUUCUCCUUUCAGGUACUACUAUAGGGAAAAAAAAAAAAAAAAAAAAAAAAAAGCUUUUAACUACUAACACAUUCCUUUCUGUAUAGCCCAUUUCCUGUUUAUACUUAAAAUGUAUUUUCAGUAUAUAUUUGAUCACAGAAUGUACUUAUUUAGUACCUCCACAAUCUUCCUGCUCCAGGGCUGACAUUUGGUGGUCUUUUCCCCUGUCCAUGUCAGAUACUCACUGAAUACACAGGCCUACAAAACUGGCAGAAUUACACAUUAGGGUAUUUCUUUGGGAGGGAUGAAUGUAUUCGUAUUCUUGGGGUUUAGCAAAAGGAAAUGUUUACAGAAGCUUAUGAUUAUUCUGCGCUUACAUGUCACAGCAGAAUACAGAUCUAGGGCCCAAAACUGCAGAACUGAUUGAAAUGGGAGUUUUGUCAUUGAUUUCAAUAGAAACAGUCCCUUAGCCCACCACUUCAAACUCGGACUCUUUGUCUUUAGUUAAGAUUCAAGCCAUCAGGUUCAUUUAACUGUGACACCACAAUGCCACACAGAGGCUAGCAGCAAUAUCUCUGAGUUAGAGAAAUUCAGGCACGCGUAAUGUCUAUGUGCAAAAGAAGAAUUUUUAUGGACUAAUGUUACUCAUGUGGAAUAGUGCCUUACUCUGUAAGCAAUGCUGUUGAUUUCAGAGUGUCUCCUGCCCUAGAAAGUUACCGGCAGCAUGAAUAACAUGAAAGGAAUCUAUUUCUGGAGUGUAGGUAGAAGAGAUGUGACCGAAAUUAAUAAUUUCCUUAAGUUAAGCCUCAUGUCAAUACCAUGCAUCAGUAUAAGAAUCAGAUGCUAAUCAAGUUCCCGACACUGAAUGAACUUUACUCCCAACCUACUCUCAUUGCCUUACACAUGGAGUAAAAAGGUUUUCAGUUUGAGUAAUGAAAAUCAUAAUUUGACCUUUCAUGAACAAUUAUGAACAACGUUUUCAUGGGCAGAAACAAGCAACACUUCUGGGUUAUAUAACUAUUUAUUUUUUGAGAUACAGUGAAUCCGUGUUAAUUAUCAGUGGGUUUCUUUGUAUUUAAAUACUUUCAAAAACAAUACAUUGACGAUGGGUUGAAGAUAUAUAUAUGUAUGUAUGUAUAUAUACAUAUUAUAUAUAUAUAUCUACUAUAUAUAUAUACACACACAACCAUAUAUAUGUAUAUACAUAUAUAUAUAAAUUAUGAAAGCCAAGAUAUUAUGAAGCCUAUUUUGUUUUUAUCAUUUUGUGUUUUGUUGUUGAUAUUAUUAUUAUUAUUAUUGUUAUUAUUAUUAUUUUGCAUACUACAUGCAGUGCUUUAACCAAUGUCUGUUUGGCUAAUGUAAUUAAAGUUGUUAAUUUAUAUGAGUACAUUUCAACUAUGUCAAUGGUUUCUUAAUAUUUAUUGUGUAGAAGGACUGGUAUUUUUUUUUAUUUACAUUAUGUUUAAAGAGGUAACAGUUUGAUAUGUUCUCAUUUGUUUAUAUUAGAAGUUAUUUAUUUUCACGGCAUUCCGUCUGGUAUUUUGAUAUUUGGAAGGCAUGCUACCUAUACUUUGUACAGUUAGUGGGCAGUAUUCAGCAGCUCCCGGUAGAUCUUUAGGCCCUAUGUUAAAUAAAAGACCUGUUUGGGAUUUUUAUUUUAGAUCUUUCUUAUUGGUUUGCCAGGAGCACUCAGUGCACUUACUGCCAGACACCCUGCCUGCGUGACCAAUUUAUUCCUGCUGUAUUUACCCAGGACAGAGGACCAAAACCACCUCUGGUGUAAGUCCGGUGACUUCAGUGAAGUUACAACAGAGAUGUCUUUGGCUCACCGAGAAAACGCUUGUGCAAAUCAGUGCAAAGAAAGGACAGAGAGAAAGUGAGAAAGAAAGAAGGAAAGAAAGAGUCUUUGCAUUUGGAAUGGGAUUUCAAUGUAUUAAAAAUAUUUGGGACAG